AUGGCAUGUGUACGGCUAUUCCAAGCACUAUCUUUCAAAGAUGAGAUAGAAAGGUUGGACAAGGGACAACCAGUUCCAGCUACUUCAAAAUUAUUCCAGCUGGCACCGUUCACUGAUUCAGUGGGGAUCCUCAGGGUAGGCGGAAGACUGCGACACUCACUAUUAUCGGACGAUCGUAAGCAUCCAGUGAUUCUAAGUCCUGACUGCAAGUUGUCCGAAUUGAUCGUAAGAGCAUACCAUUUGCGCACUUUGCAUGGAGGCAAUCAAGUAACCCAAGCAGCAAUCAGAAGACAGUACUCGAUAUUGCAGUCUUCCAAAUUGGUAAAAACAUGCAUCCACAAAUGCAUAACCUGUUUUAAAUCAAAUGCAAAACCAGAAGAACAGUUAAUUGGAGCGUUACCUGAAACACGAGUCACCCCUGGAAGAGCCUUGAAAACCUGCGGACUGGAUUUUGCCGGACCAAUGCAACUAAAAUGGUCAUCAGGCAGAGGCGUUAAAACGAUUAAAUCCUAUAUAGCACUCUUUAUCUGCUUGAAGACCAAAGCUUUUCACUUGGAGGUUGUGAGUAAUCUCUCUGGACAAGCGUGUCUUGCAGCAAUCAAACGGUUUGUGUCCUGGCGCGGUUUGUGUUCGGAUUUGUAUUCUGAUUGUGGUACAAAUUUCGUAGCAGCCAGUAAAGAAAUAAAACACCAGUUCAUGCAGAUGAUGAAAACCGUUCAGUCCACGGUAGCUAACGACAAAAUCACCUGGCACUUCAUACCCCCGAGCAGUCCUCAUUUCGGAGGAUUAUGGGAAGCUGAGGUGAAGUCAGUCAAACUGCACCUGCAGAAAGUAAUCGGUGACAGCUUGCUAACAAUGGAGGAAAUGUAUAUGGUUCUCACCCAGAUCGAAGCAGUUCUUAAUAGUCGGCCACUCAUGCCCAUCAGCGACGACGUUAAUGAUCUGGAAGCACUCCCCCCGGCGCAUUUUUUGAUCGGCGAACCACUCAUAUCAAUCCCGCAAGAAACCCCGAACGAAGAACUAAAAUGGAAACUGACACAACAAAUUGUAAAACAAUUUUGA